CGUCACUUCCUGUUAAAAUUGAAAAGCCUGAGAGGCUGAAACUGAAAGUAAAUCGUUAGAAACGUCGUUGACACUUUAACAUGUCGCUCAGACUCUCUUGAUUUCGAUUCUACGACAGUUUACCAUUUUAUUCCCGUUGGAUGUUGUAAAUAUUAAGAAUAUGGAUCAUCAGAAGCUUCACGAGAUCGACGAGGACCUGACAAGCACUGAAGUGGCCCAGCUGAAGUUUCUGUGUAUGGACCUAAUUCCCAAGAAGCGUUUGGAGACAGUGACUGAUGCCAAAGAACUGUUCCUACGACUGAACGAGCAAGCACUGCUUGAUGACGGGUUACUCGUCCCUGAGCUUCUGAGCACAAUUGGACGCUUAGACUUGCUUGGAAUCCUCGAAAUGUCCAAAGAUAAUGUGAAUAGGAAUCUGCUACAACGUGACGCAUCUAGUAAAGGUGUCUCAGCCUACAGAAAAAUGCUAUUUCGUAUAUCUGAGGACAUGACAGAAGAAAACCUUCACACAUUUAAGUUUUUUGUGAAUCUUCCAAAGGCAAAACUAGGAACUUCUGCUACAUUUCUAGAUGUUAUGACUGAGAUGGAAAAGCUACAGAAGCUUGGUGAAGACAACCUGGAUGAACUUUACUACAUUCUAGACAAAUGUGACAAACAGCUGGCCUGUAGGGUAGAGGAGUACAGGGCUCGGGAACAAGGAGGCAGACUUCCUCUACGGGAAGUGUUUGGUAAUGUGCAAGUUCCCUUUCCUGAUGAAACUAUGCCAGGAUAUCAAAUGGAGACCGAAUAUGGAAGGAGGAGAGUCUCGGUUGUUGCGGAUACAGAUGCUGAACCCAGAACAGAGGAAUAUUAUAAUAUGACUCCGCGACCUCUUGGAUACUGUCUAAUCAUCAACAACUACAACUUUAAAGAAAGCUCCUCAUUGUCCAAUCGAGCAGGAACGGACAAGGACAGAGAUGACCUUAGCAGAUUGUUUCGCAGAAUGCAUUUUAAGGUUGAGGUUCAGAAUGAUCUGACAGCUUCAGAUAUGAAGAAUGUGAUGGGGCACUUUGCAAAAAGGGAUCAUACUCCUAUGGGUGCUUUUGUCUGCUGUGUCCUCUCGCAUGGAUUGAAGGGCACAGUGUUGGGUGUAGAUGGUAACGAGGUUGAAAUCCGUGAACUUACAGUGCCUAUUGCUAGGUGCCUUACACUAGCAUCCAAGCCCAAGCUUUUCUUCAUUCAAGCCUGCCAAGGAAAUGAGGGUCAGAAUGGUGUAUUGACAAUGGAUGCACCGGGAAUCGCUACAGAAGACGACUCAUAUGAUGAAGAUGCUUUCAAUCCUGAAGCCCGAUCUAUUCCUAUAGAAGCUGAUAUGUUAAUUGGAAUGGCCACAGUACAGGACUACCAGUCCUACCGCCACACUACAGAAGGGUCUAUCUAUAUCCAGGAGCUCUGUAAUCAGUUGGAGAAAUUCUGCCCCAGAAAAGAGGAUAUCUUAUCCAUCCUGACAAAAGUAAACCGUGAAGUGAGUUUUAAAAUUUUGAGGGGCCACAAGCAGAUGCCUGAACCUCGAUAUACCCUCACCAAGAAGCUGGUCCUGCCCAUGGACUGAAUCUUCUGAUUGACUUUUGUGUGACUGGAUUCAUGCUGGAGAAGUUUCCGUUAUUCCAUUACUCAGACUCGAUCAAUCCUUCUGGCAGGAUCAAGGCAGUUUGGUACUAGAUUUAGAUUGAUCUUGCUGUAUCUGUGCGUCUGAUCUUAAUUAUUAAAUUAGACUUUUGAGUUAAAGUUUACUGCGUUUAAACUUUUACUAAAGUUUACUGAGUUCUGGCUGUGUGAUCUUCUUUAGACAAUGCAAUUUAAAAAUAAAACAUUUAUAUUUGAUACCAGGAAUUUUUUUUUAACUAAUGUUAAGUAUGAUGAAUUUAUACCAGCAGUUUAAAUGAUUUUAAUUUUUGUGGAGGAAAUUUUUUAAAUGCAUAUAUUUCCCAUUAAUCUCAAUCUGAAUGAACUAAAAACCUAGAUAGUGUAAGAUCUUUAAAGACUUUGCAAUUGUAAGAAAUCAUUGAUGUCUAGAAAGGAGUGAAAUCCAACAUUGUUAAACACUGUCAUUAAACAUGUCUCAUUUUUUUAUUAUUUUAGCAUAUAAUGUUUUGCAUUACAAAACACAAAAUGUCGUCUUCCACCCUUUCUCUGAAUUCUUGCAUUAUUGUUAUUUUAUUAAAUUUUAACUGCAAAAUGUUCUUCUGUUAAAUGGAAAUGCAUGAGUAAAAGAAACAAAAAAAAAACUUCCCAGUUUCUUAGAAUACUGUUCAGUGCCACCUCUUUUCAUAAAAAAGAUCCUCAAACUCUGCCAAAAAUAUUUCUUUUUUUAUCUAAAAUAUAAGUUUUCAUUUCCAUUGAUAUAUUUUAAUUUCUUUCAGCCAGCAUCCUAUAGUUUGUGCCCAAAUACUUUUCCAAUUUAAAAAAUAACGCAUUAAGUUUUGCAGGAUACACACUUAGAAAUUAUUGUUUCUAAAAAAACAAAAAUAAAAAUCUCCUUAUAAAUGAUAUAAAAUUUAAAGUGGAAAAUAACAUCAAGGAUCUUCUUUAUCAUUUCUUUCACAUCUGUCUAAAUCUUGUUGACUUCACACUCCCAUACAGUGCAAUACUAGUGUAGCAGUAAACUCACGUCAUCUCUUAUAGGUAUCAUUUCUAUUCUUAGGUGAAGGUGGCAUAUCCGUAGUUAUUUUGUGAUUUCAGUAUGGAAUGUCUUAAUGUAGUGUUUUAUAAGAAUAUUGUACGUAUGGACUCAAAUGACAUAAGAUUAUUGUAUUAAGACUUAUGGGUCUUUUCAGAAUGUGUUUUAUUCCUAAGCUUGUGUAACAAAGAAAUAAAAAUUCUAAUAAAUACCAA